GCCAUAUUUCCCACAAUUCCGCACUACGUGUAUAAGAACUUUCGUCAAUCUGCGCCCGAUUCUGCAGAAGUCUGUGCAGUUUGCGUUCGCUGUUUUACGAGAAGAACUGUGUCUUCAGGUAAGAGAUGGCGGAAGUGAUGCACAUGAUUGACAGCGAGGUCUUCCUGGCCUUCUCCACGUACGCCACCAUCGUCAUCCUCAAGAUGAUGUUCAUGGCUCCGUUGACGGCCUUCUAUCGCUUUUCUAGAAUGGCGUUCGCCAACCCAGAGGACACGGGGAUCGGGAAGACCCCAGAGGAGAGGAAGAAGAUGCUGCGCAGCGACGUGGAUGUGGAGAGAGUCAGGAGGUGCCAUCUGAACGACAUGGAGAACAUCAUCCCCUUCGUGCUGGUGGGUCUGCUGUACUCCCUGACCGGGCCGAACCUGGCCUCCGCCCUCCUGUACUUCCGGGUCUUCGUGGGGUCCCGCUUCUGCCACACGGUGUCCUACGUGCUGCCCCUCCCACAGCCCUGCAGAGCCUUCUCCUGGUUGGCCGGCGUGGUCGUCAUUCUCACGAUGGCCUAUCGGGUGCUCAGUACCGCGCUGUACCUGUAGGGGGCGCCUGAGGGCGCGCUACGCCUUCGGCCGACCCUCGCGCCGAAUUAUACGUUCACGUCUUCAUUGAAUUUUAACAAAUUAAUGUGUUUUUAGUUCACAGGAUGCACUGAACAACACUUGGGGCUUUUCUCGUUCUGUACCUGCACAUAUAUUCCAGUUUUCCUUCAUUUAUACCACUUUUAUUGUCAGGGGAAUAUAA